AUGGCCUCAGGUCUAAUCUUAAACCCCCACCUCCUCCUCCAAACACUUCCAUUAGCAACAAGCACCGCAACCCUCGCGCACGCGCUACUAGAACUGACAACAAAUACCGCCUUCCUCAUCCCCUCCUGCAACCCACUUCGGAUAAAGUCCUGCCGAAAUGUAUGGACAGUCCUCGGUCUAAACCUGGGCACGAUAACCUCAGCCGCCGGGACUCUCUUCUUGAAUCGCUAUUACCCACAGAAGCCGCUGCAGACGACGGCAUUUUACUGGGUCGGCCUGGCUGGCGCGGUCGGACAUUUGGUUUUUGUGCCGUUUGUCGCCGGGCCCGUUAAGAGGAUUGUGGAUGAUGUUGCUGUUAAAGAGGAUCUUGGGGAGAGUGGGGUUGGCGCGUCAGUUGAUAUGCGCCGUUGGGUGGGGGUUCAUCGGGUUCGAAUGGUUGUUGCAGAUUUUUCGGCUUGGGUUGCUUUCGUGGGGGCGGUUUUGACGCUGUGA